AUGAUGCUCAAAUUUGUCACGCACAAACUGAAGACUCACAGCCUCGAAGACCAUCGAAGACCUACCAAGUUAAAAACUGUUGACCACGACUCUGGCACAGAGUCUGACGACGAACAUAGUCCGGAUAGAGAACCCAAAAGUACAAAACCAGGAGUACCUGAAUCUACUAGAUUAAUGGAGAACAUUGGGAAUGAAGAUAUGGUUGGUGAUAUGGAACCUACAAGGUCUUCAAGCAGUGGUCGCAGUAGUGCUGCCACUCCUGGUCCUUCCCCAUAUUUCUUAGAUUCUGCUUUACCCAGUGACUGUGAUCAACACAGUUCUGAAGAAGAAUUAGAAGUUAUAAAUAGUAAUCCAGAAGCAUUACUGCAAGUUGAAUUACCUACACCUGAUCCAGAUGAAGCAAAUUCUUGCGGUGUUCCUGAAAACUCUGUAGCAUCAUUAGCUCGUAAACGUUGUCGAUCUGCUAGUGAAGCUGGUUGUGGAAACACAAUAGCUGUAAGCUGGUCAGGUUCAUCUGACGAUGAAGUACAAGGACUUAUGUCAACCAGACCAACUCCAUUAAAAUUUUGUGCAUCACCCCCAUCUCAUGUGCACAAACCAGGACAGUGUACUGUAUCCUCUUCACCGCCUUUAAAAUUAGUACACUUGUCACCUAGACAAUCUGUAUCUUUGCCAAACACUUCUCCACGUAAACGACACAGACAAAGGCAUCAUCCUACUCGUAAUGUGCAGAGGCCUUGUUUAGACUUUGAAAAAAUGCAACAGCUUAAAUCGUUGUCAGCAACUUCGUGGAGGCAUACCAGUAAAGAUCACAGCGGUGAAUUGUCAGUGUACUGUUGGUGA